AUGGUCUCUCUCUGUUGUUUUCUUUUUUCAUUAUUUUUGUUGAGUUUUUCUUUUUGCUCUUAACCUCUUCGAUCAUUAUGUUGCUGCUGAUGAACGUCUCUGUAAUUUCCCACUGUCAGUGAAUUAGGGUUUGUUUGAAUAAUCGAACCGAACUUGUGGCGAGUAGUGGCGACAUUCGCAUUGGUUCGCAGUUCUGAUUGUUCAUUGAAAGGUCUCACACGCAGUGUACAGCUAAACAAAUGGUAAAUAGUAUUCGUUUUAGUGACAGUGCUAAGGAUGAAGAUAAUAAAUAUGGGAGAGUCACACAAAAUGCUGAGAAGGGAAAAAAACAAUUACAUCCUACUGUAUCAGAUGCAGCUGCUCUCAGACGGUCUCCUAGAGGGAAAUCAUCAAGGAGUAUAAAUUCUGAUCCUUCAAGUACUAAUAAUAAGUCCAGGCAAUUUAAAAAGGGAGCAACACUGAUACCGGUGGAUAAAAAGAGAUCUGAAUUGGUUGGAAAAAAGAACAUGCCAAGUCCUUUGAGAAGAUCUGGAAGGACUGGGAGUUACUCUUCUACUAGUAAUUCUGAUUCUAAAAGCUCAGGUUCAUUGAAUUCAAACCCUAAGCCAAAAAAAGAGAAGAGUGUGAGACAGUUGACAUUUGAAGCCAAAGAAGUAAAGGAAAAUGAGGAACAAGAUCUUGGAACACCGCAGGUUAAAGUAAGGCGAAUGACUGCCCGUAUGUACCGGUCUCUCUUUGAAUUGCCAAAAGAAGUGCCUGAUAGGAUUGACAAGUCAAAUCAAUGUGCCAACAAUAUUCGAGAUAAAAUUGUCCAGUGCUUUGAAGGUUGUCAUUCUGAUUGUGAAGUCUCCAAGAAUGGUGCACUACCAUCUAAAGAUGGAAAGCUAAAAGAGAUGAGAAUUAGCUCUAGGUUGAGUGGCCCUGUGAAAGAUCUGGUUGAUAAUACCGUAACUCUGGAUUCAUUGGCACCAUCUAAUGCUGCAACUUAUGAGGCAGGUUUGACAUCUGAAAGGAUAUUGUAUGAAGAUUGUAUCAGGAACACUGUUAAAGAUGAUGGAGGUAAAAAAUUGAUACCUUCUGAGAGCAAGGAAAUCACUGUGGGUGUGGAUACAGAUGUUGCUGCCACCUUGGCAAAGGCUGACAACUGCAACGUGAUUUCUGAUUCUGGUUUGGUAUCUGAAAAGGUUCAGCCUGAUCACCACAGAGAAGAAACAUUUCCAUCAAGCAAUUCGAAGAAUGGUGUGCAACUACCUCGAGAUGGAAAAUCAAAAGAGAUGAUAGUUGACCAUGGGCUGAGUGAUCCAAUGAAAGACCUAGUUGAAAAUAUCGUGUCUCUAGGAUUGUCAGCACCAUCUAACGCUGCGACUUUUGGGACUGGUUUGGUGCCUGAAAGCAUUCAGCCUAAAGUCUUAAUCGGAAAUAGUGUUGGGUAUGAUAGUAGUGGUGACAAAUUGGUACCUUCUAAAAGAAAGGGAAUUAUGGUAGACAUGGAUUCAGAUGUUUCUACCACAUUGGCUAAGGGUAACAACUGCAACUUUGUUCCUAGUUGCAGUAGCCCUUCAGUUCUAGGCGGCAAUAUAAUGGGGACUGAUGGUUCACAUUCCAAGCGGAUAAGGUUGGAUAAUAAUCCUGUAGUCAGUGAGUCUUGUAACCCUUCUACUACCGAGCUUGAAGACGGGGAUUCUAUUGCUGCAAGCAUGCUGCAGGACUUUCAAAUUGAUAAUGAAAAAGAAGUUGGUUUAAUAACUAAUUCUAUGAAGAGUGUCACUCAACUGAAGGAGAGGUUGUCAAGUCAUAAUCCAUACAGAUGCAAGUCUGACUCCUUUAGGUUUGUUGAGUAUUGGGUUCCUGUACAAAUAUCUAAUCUGCAGCUUGAACAGUAUUGUUCUAUUUUACUGUCAAAUGCUUCUAUUCUGCGCUCCUCAUCAAAGGUUGAUAGCGUCGAGGCUGUCCAUGAUGUUCUUAUAUUAACUCGGAAGUGCUGUAGUCAUCCCUAUCUUGUUGGUCCAGAAUUGAAACCUUCUCUUAACAAGGGUCUCAAACCGACUGAGUAUCUUGAUUUUGAUUUAAAAGCAAGUGGCAAGUUGCAACUUCUUGAUUCAAUGCUUGAGGAGUUGAGAAAAAAGGAUUUAAGGGUGCUCAUUCUUUUUCAGUCUAUUGGAGGUUCUGGAAGAGUUAUAGGAAAUUAUUUGGAAGACCUACUUCGACAAAGAUUUGGUCCAGAUUCGUAUGAACGAAUUGAUAAAAAUAUUCUACCUUCCAAGAGACAAGCUGCUAUGAAGGAAUUUAAUGACAAGAACAACAAACGAUUUGUGUUUUUGUUAGAAACAUGUGCUUGCCUUCCAAGCAUUAAAUUGUCGUCUGUUGAUUCUGUUAUUAUAUUUGAUAGUGAUUGGAACCCAAUGAAUGAUAUAAGGUCCCUUCAGAAAAUAACACUUGAUUCACAGUUUGAAUUCAUAAAAAUAUUCCGGUUAUAUUCAACUUUCACUGUUGAAGAAAAAGCCUUAAUCCUUGCUAAGCAAUGUAAGUCAAUAAUUGACUCCAAUUUACAAAACAUAAACUGGAGUACCAGUCAUAUGCUGUUGAUGUGGGGUGCUUCUUGUCUAUUUAAUGAACUCAAAGCUUUUCAUGAUGGUGAAACUUCUGCAUCAAAUGUGAAAUCCUUGUUUGGGCGACCAUUUCUAAAAGAAGCAAUGCAUGAAUUCUCAUCUCUGCUAUCUCAGGAUGGAGAACAUAUUGAUUCAAGCAACAGUUCAAUCUUAUUGAAAGUGCAGCAAAAUGGGGGAACAUACCACGGAAAUUUUUCUUUGCAUGGGGAGCUAAAACUUGGGUCACUGGAUGAAGAGCCAUCCCAAUUUUUUUGGACAAAACUUUUGGAUGGAAAACAGUUUCAGUGGAAGUAUUUAAAUAAUUCAUCUCAGCGGAGCAGGAAGAAAGUUCAUCAUUUUGAGAGUUCAGUCAAUGGGCCUGAUAAUGUAAGUGAAGGAGCAGCAAAGAAGCGCAGGAAAGUUAAUAUUGUUGAUCAGCCUUCAAAAUUUGAAGAUGAAAAGUUACCCGCUGGUAGCAAGGCAGGAACACCUGGAGAUUUAGUGGAUAGAUCUCAAGGAGACAAUUUUGAAUCUGAGCGAAAAAGCGGACUGCAUGAUGAGCAGAGUAGCUUACAUAUUUUGCUGAAGCCAGAGAUCACAAAGCUUUGUGAUUUACUUCUUCUUCCGGAUAAAGUCAAGAGUGUGAUCGAUAAAUUUCUGGAAUAUGUUAUGAAUAACCAUGAUGUCAACAGGGAACCAUUUUCAAUAUUACAGGCUUUUCAAUUAUCUCUGUGUUGGACUGCAGCUUCUUUGCUAAAGCACAAACUCGACCCCAUUGCCUCUCUGAUAAAAUAUUUGAACUUUGGGUGCAAGAAAGAAGAGGUGGACUACAUUUAUUCUAUGCUGCGUUGUUUGAAGAAAAUAUUUUCAUAUCGCACAGGAAGUUACAAUGAUACGGACUCUCCAAACGCAUCCAAACCAUCUGAUGGGGUAUGUACCAGAGUUGAACAGGAGGUUGAAUUGUUCAAGAAAGAUAUUUGUAAAAGUAUUAAAGAAAUUAAGAAGAAGUGCCAAAAGAAGCUGAAGAAGCUAUGCCUUUUGCAAGAGGAAGAGAAGCAAAGGUUGAAGGCACAUACUGAGGAGGAAGAGGCUAAAUUUGAGGAAGGGUAUAAACUCCAGUCAGCUGUAAUACGAUCCUGCUCUCCCAAUGAUGUUAUCAGAAUGGAAAAGCUUAGGGUUUUGAAUCUUGAAUAUGAAAAAGGAAUUGAAGAGCUGAAAUGUCAGCAUGAAACACAACUCAAGGAUCUUGAGGCCAAGCAAUCAGCUGACAAACAGAAGUUUCUAGAAAAGGAGGCUGCUUGGGUAGAAGAUGUGGAAUCUUGGGCACAAAAUGAACUUUCUAAAAUAGUUGCUUCAAAGGAACUUGGGACUGGGGUUGAGUCCUUCCAGACUUAUGGUCAAGUACAACAUGACAAUGUUCUUAAGAAUCACUUUGCAGAGGGAAAGGGUAAAGAUGAUAAGGUUAAAGCCAUCACAGAGACUGUCACCGAGAAUUCACCUUUAUCUGAUGAAAGAAUUGCUAACAGGGCUGCAGUAAGUUUGUCGUGUAGAAAGGAACAUUUGGGACAGCAUGGGAUUAUCAAUGCUAAAGAUUCAACAGAAAAUGAUGGUGCGGUGAAUCCUCCUUCAUCCAUGGAACAUGAAUCUGAUGGAGGUGCUGUAAAUGAAGUUUCACACAGAGAAUUAAGAUUGAGUAAUGGUCCUGAUAACAAUACUCAUUCGAGUCCGUGGCAUGAAAACUCUGGAGACUCAUCUAGCAUACUUAAUGGACAUAUUCCAGUUGAUGAGCAAGAAACUAGAAAUGAACUGGACACUGUUUGUACAUUAGUUAGAGAUGUACCUCCGGAAACAAGUGGGAUGGUCAAUUUUACCGAGUGUGUACAGGAUGCAUCUCCUUUGAAUCCCCCGUCAUCUAUGACUCAAAUGUCUGAUGAAGGUCGACUAGAGGUCCCAUGUUUAGAUAGGGUUUUAUCACCAAGGACUUGUCAAGCUGCUUGUUCAGGUGAUGAAGGUCCAAAUAAUAUAUCCAUUUCAAAUCCACUUUUGGAGCAACAAAUUGCUGAUGGUGUUCCUUUGAGUAUUCCAGCAGCUGCUGAUUGUGUUGAUGAUAUAGAGGAUUUAACAGGUGCUGUGUUGGUGGCUAAAAGGACCACAUCAGAAGAGCAGGAAGGAGCACCUAAAACCAUGGCAGACUUGUCCCAAGAGUCUCCAGUAUCCAGAACAUUUAAUGUCAUGGAUCUUCGAGAAAAAGUUGUGCAGUUAUCUAUGGGCUCCACUCCUGACCAUGAAAAGUUUAAGGAAUUGCUGCAUUCUUCCGAACAAUCAGAACUGGUACCUAGUACAGUUGAUGCUGUACCAGCCGAUCAGGUGCAACAAUCACUAUCUGCGGAGCUUCCGUCUUCCCACCUGAAUUCAACUUAUUUUCGUUUAGCAACUGAAGUUGAACAUCAGCCAACUGUGGUUCCAAAUCAAGAUGUGCAAUCGGACUCAAACUUGGAACAUUCACAUGGGCACCCUGCCUCAUAUUCAGACCCUAAUACAGUUGCACCUAGUGAAGUAAGAAUACAAUCUACAAACACAAUAAAUUCUUCAAUUCCUCUGGAGAUCAAUUAUCAACAUAUGAGCUAUUAUGAUCCGCUCAAAAUUGAAUUGGAUAGAAUACGAAAAGUAGCAGAUCAAACAAUGAUAAUCUAUGAAAAAAAGAAUAUGGAUUUGAAAUCUGAGUUUAAAAAGGAACUAGAAGAACUCCGCCGGAAGUACGAUAUUAAAAUUCAAGGGAUUGAAACUGAAUUCAAAGAAAGAAAGACGGCUCUGGAUACAAGUCUUAAUGUAGUUCGUAUGAAUAAGUUUUUGGCUGAUGCUUUUAGGGCUAAAUGCUCACAUCUUAAACCAUCGCUUACAUCAGGAACGCUGCAAGAUUCAAGUUUUGCGUCACAACAGUUGCUUACGCCCUCACAACAACCGAAUGCUAAUUGGCCAUCUCUUGUUGCCGGUUCUUCUUUUGGUCCUUCUGUGACCAAUCGGCAAGGUCCCUCCACAAGUGCUAGCUCUCAGCUCACAUUACAUCCUAUACGGGCUGGUUACAGUGCAUCACGAUUUCCCACCAAUGUUUCUGCUGCAAGAUCACCAAUUAUCAACACCAUCUCUUUGCCUGUCGAAAAUCUUCAACCUGGUGGUGAGAUUCGCGCCCCUGCGCCGCAUCUCCAGCCUUUUAGACCGUGACAUAACUCUUUUUUUCUUCUCCCAGUGGUGGGGAGAUUCUUACAUGAUAUAUGGUAGGGCAAAUAUUUACGUACUGAUACAGAUGGAAAUAGUUUUUUUUUCAUCCCUUUGUUCUAAUUAUAGUUAUGUAAAAAUGUGUAUAUAUGUAAUUAAUUGUCUGCCUAAUUUUCUCUAGCAUACAAUGAGUCAUGAAUGGCUGAAGAUUAAGAUGAAACACAGGGAAUUGGUCAGCUGUAUAGUUCUUGAAACAAUUAGCAAAACUUUAAUACGCAACUUCGGGUUUGAAA